AUGUCCUCUCCGUCCAAGACGUCGACGAGGAAGGUCAGCCCCGGACUCUCUGUCCGUGUGGGCCGCGAAAGGAAAGGCAGCAUCGUCAAGGUCGAGAAGCUCGGCGAGGAGUCUCAGGCGGAUGUGCUUGACCAGGGCAUGUACGACAACCUGAAUGCCGAAUGGGUCAACCGUAAAGGAGCGUGGCUCAUCCACUUCGUGCUCAUCGCUGUCGGUAAGAUCGUCAUUGACACCAUCCCUGGCAUGCCCCAAGAGGUUAGCUGGACGUUGGUCAAUCUUAUCUAUCUCGGAUUCUCCUACCUCAUGUUCCACUACGUAACUGGAAUCCCAUUCCAUUCUGACCUCCACGGAGGCGUUUACGACAACAUGACCCUUUGGGAGCAAAUUGACAACGGCGCGCAAUACACCCCCGCGAAGAAAUGGCUCUUCAUUGUACCCAUUACUGUCUUCCUUGCCUCCACUCAUUACACGCACUACGACCCCUGGCUGUUCGCCGUUAAUCUUUCCGCCCUGGUAUUCGUCCUCAUUCCCAAGCUACCCGCGUUCCAUCGGUACCGUGUGCGCUUCAUGGUCCCGGAAGACGCAUCCGGCCUUGGCACGCCGCUCACUUCUUCCUUCCCGCCCUCCGGAGCUUCCACGCCCAUGCGUACGAACAUGCACGCCCCACCAAUCAACAUUACGGAGGUUGAAUCGAGGCUAUGA